UUGGUCUUUCUCUGCUGGAGCAGGGCUGUAAGCUGCGACCGAGCCUGCGUGGGCCUCUCUGCAGCAUGAUCCUACUCUCCUACCACACCGUCGCCACCUACGUGCUCGGUACGGGUGACGGAGAUAUAGAACUGGCAGAGAGUGUGCUGGGCCCAUGCUUGCAGGACUAUCCAAAUGGAGUCAUCUUCCGAUUUUUCGAGGGACGAGUAUGUGAGAUUAAAGGAGAAGUGGAUCAAGCAAUAAAGAUAUUUGAAGAUUCGAUGUCAUUACAAAUCGAGUGGAAACAGUUUCAUGAUCUCUGCUACUGGGAACUGAUGUGGUGUCAUAGUUUCCGGUGCGACUGGCUGCAGGCAUACAACUAUGCGGAGAAGCUGCGUAUGGAGAGCCGGUGGUCGCGGGCGACGUACGCCUACCAGCAGGCCGCCUUCCUCCUCAUGCAAGACGACGUCAGCGCCGAGACGCGGCAACACGUCAUCGACAUACUCGCAGAUAUUCCUAACCUUAAGCAGAAGGUAGCAGGCAAGAGCAUUCCAGUAGAAAAGUUUGCCUUGCGCAAGGCGAGGAAAUUUGCGAUGCAGGGGAACAGACUUGUGUUGCCAGGCCUGGAGCUCAUCUACAUCUGGAAUGGUUUCAACAUCAUCGGAAAAACACCGGCACUGUUGGAGCCGUUGGUGCAGCGUGUGGAGCGCACCCUGGUAGAGCUAGAUGCAACUAAAGACGAGAACGAGAAUUAUGCGGAGGACUUUGCCCUCUGCAUGCUCCUGAAGGGCAUGUGUCUCAAAGGUCUCAAGUGCACUACUCAGGCGGAGAACUGCUUCCGCGAGGCGGCGGCGUGUGACAAGCGGAUACGGUAUGACCACUACAUAGUCCCCUACAGUUUGGUGGAGCUCGGUCUCCUCUUCAUGAGGGAUGGGAGGUUUGAGGAAGCAAAACGUACGCUGGAACAGGCCAGGGGUUACUACAAGCACUACUCGCUCGAGUCUCGGCUGCACUUCCGCAUCCACUCGGCGCUGGCGGAGGUGCGGCAGCACGUGUCGCCCGACCACCUGAAGGCAGAGUUCAAGCCUGCAGGCUACAGCCCGAUGCACAGCGGCGGCAGCUUCCCCCAGCCAUUGACGCCACCACCAGAAGCUGUAAUAGGUGCUGGCAUGGCUUCAGCUAUCCAACCUCUAACCAGCGAUGGUGCGGAGUUGGACCGUUUGAACUGUGAUACAGCAUGCGAGGCUAUUGAAAAACCCAUAUGACCCUGUGUGACCUUGCUGCGGCAGCCAUAUUUGUUAGCAGUGGUCCUCCUUUAGGGUGUUGUCAUACUCACAGCAUAAGGUACUAAUAUUCUAGUCCUAAAUUUAUUUACUGUAUUGGUUUAUAUAGGUGUUAAUUAAAAUUAAUACACAUAGGUAUGCGAAGUAGCAAGUUUGUAACCUUCCAGCCACGUAUAUGUUUCUUACCAGAGCCUCAUUGACAGUAUUUACAAAUGCACGUUAAUAAUUUCUUGAAAUUCUACUUUUAUUGAAGUAAAUUUUUUUUUUUGAUUUGGAUCGAGUUUUAUGAUUUACGUUUUGUUUGAAAUAUUUUCUUUAGUGAUGGAAGGUGGAAUCACUUGUGGAAGCAACUUAUUAUUGUUAUUAAUACAAACUUUUGUUGUCAGAUUCCUUUAUGUACAUAUAUAUACAGUGAUAUGAUGUGCAUGUGCAAUGUGAACGACUAAAUAGUUAUACUUUGGGUGUGCCAUAUUUCAGUUUGUAGAACGAAGCAUGUAUGUGUAUAAAGACUGCCGUCAUGCUAUGUUGCAUUGUUAAUGUGUCUAUGAAGAUGUAUAUUUCUGGGCGCAAUUCUUCGUUACAGACUUCCAGCUAUUGUAGAGUGUGAUAUAAUGCUCACAUGUAGUGAUAGUGUAAUGUGUCCCACUACAUCAAUUCCGCAGUUCACAAAAUGUUAAUUCAGUUUUUUGUACGUAGGGGGAAUUAUUCAUGCUCAUAGUACUAUCGUCCAUACUACUACGGUCAUAGCAGCAAGGCCCACAAAGGUGUAUGAUAUUUUACAGACACGUGUAUAGCACUAUUAAACCAUGCAGACAUAUAGAAAUGCAAUGCCAACACGAAUAGUCAGAGCACAUUAGAAUAGUUGAGCUCACAUACCUACGCACAAAGUACACCGGUGUGAUUUGCUAACUCGUGAGGCUUUCGUUGACAAUGCAACAUUCGUGAAUGUUCGUGGUCUUGCUAGUCACAGAAAUACUUUUCACAUAAUAUAUAAAUAUAUAUAUAUAUAUAUAUAUAUGAAAUGAGGUUACGAGCGCACAAAUUUCUUUGUCGUGCCUUGUGAACUUACAUCUAAAGAUGUGUAUUUACUUUAGGGGGAUAUCUCCAAUUCUCUAGGUUUAGACAUUGUUGAGUAUUAACUCCUGACUGUAUGUAUAUAUAUACCAUAUAUGUGAUAUUAGUGAACAGAUUUGUUGUUAUAUUGUUGUCAUAUAUUAAAGUUAUUAUGAUAAUAAUAAUAAAUAAAAAAGAA